AUGACCACGACGACCACGACGACCACACGCCCGACGUCGACUAUUUCCAUAUUCCCGAUUCGUUUCUCCCAAGAGCCACACAGCCCCGACUCAGAGUUGCCAACGUCGAGAGCGAGUCGCCUUUCUCUGCAGUCCUUCAAGUCGAAAGACAAGGGUAAGGCCCCCUUGCGACCUGGAGCCCCACCACGGCCUGACAAUAUGGGCAAUACGGACGCAGACUCGGUCAAGACCACAAGGACGAUGGGCUCUACGCCAUUCGCGGCGUACAGUUCAACACGGUCAUCGUCCACGGACAGGGUAAACUCUGGCUUCAACUCGAGGAAGAACCGCGGCAGUCUCCUAGGCGCCGCUUCUGAUGCCCUUGGAUUGAAAUUUGGCCGCAAACGACCCAUAAUCCGUCAACCGCCAUUGCCCAUUAUCCUACCGGACGUAAUAGAAAUUAGUGCGCCCCCUCCGGACCUCGAGGUGGAAGAGCGGAAUCGACUGCGUGAGAUGGCUGCCCAGGCGAUAGGCAUCUCACCAUAUAUGGCCCAACCGGACUCGCAGUCGCAGGAAGACAGCACAGAAGACGACGACGACGAGGACGCGUUACGUACCCCGGCUGACACUUCUGAACUCCGAAGGUUUGGCAAUGCCAGAAACUCGGAAUCGGCCCCAGAUUUCGAAAACAAGAACCUCUACCUAGAUACAAAUGUAUCUUCGGUAACGACCCCCACCAUGGUCUCUGCUGUCUCUUCUCCUCUGAGGCAUAGGUCAGGCUCUAUGAUUCACGCAAGAUCCAACUCCAUUACACAUUCCCCUAUCCCUUCAUUCCCAACCAAUGUCCUCUCCCUCAACCCUUUCCUAACAUGCAACGGUUACCUCCCGAAAUACACACAGCCCACAUCAAUGCGGAUAUUCACCCUAUCAUCAAAGAACUGGAAGAAUCGCUAUGUUAUAUUCACGUCACCCGUUACCCUAGUUUCCAAAGGCGCCAUCCCGACCACUUCCUAUCUCCACGUCUUCAAGUCAGCAGGACCCGACGAAAAAGAACUGGAGCGCCUAGAGAUCAACGAAGACAGUGUAAUCUUCGUUGCCGAAGACGAGGUUGGAGGGCGCCGGAGCGUUGUUAAAGUAGGAGGGUUGGAAGUGGGCGGGCUUGCACCCAAACCGGAACCGGGGACCGACAAAGCCCCUCAAACCAUAUGGCAUCUCCAGAUUACCGACCCGUCUGAGUCGCAGAAAUGGAUUUCAACCAUCAAGAACGCUAUCCUAGGACAACGGACUGUUAGAGCGGGCCUUGGGCUUCCUUCAACACCAAGUGCCUACGAGCCUCGUGGAGACUUGGACGUCAUGCUCUCGAUUCGAGCGCAGGGUCUCGCCACUACUUUGCAAGCUAAAGCCAUACCAUCGCCCGCCUACGAUUCUUUCCCGCCCAUCGGGUCUCCGCCAGAUCCCAACUAUGCCUCUUCCAUUUCUUCCCAAUCGGUCAGGUCUCAGAGUACGGUUCCCAAGCCAGCCCCCGCUGGCGCGGUCUCGGCGUUAAAAGGAUUAUUUACCUCCCGACCUCGGUCCAAUUCCCGUGCUACCUCGAUUGACCUUGAUGGGCGUUCUUCCGAACGUGAGGCAGAGGGCUCGUUUUCAAGUAUGGGGAACAACCUCCUGAAGCUUCGGAGUAACAACUUGGCGCCCAGCACCUCCUCUCCGAUCACACCACCCAGUGACAUUAACAGUCGCAGCACCUUGGUCCUCUCUGGCCCCUCAGGUAAACGUCAGGAACGCAAGGUGCUUGCGGAUCGUCAGGUAGACCAGUGGAUCCAGCCCGAGGAGAUAGACCCUGUGCAGCUGUUCCCUCAGAAGGAAACGAGACAAAAUCGGGCGAUGUCUCUGGGUUCUCUGUCACUCCAACCUCCUCCCAGAAGGCGGUGGAACUCUAUACGACCGACCACAACCAGUCCAACAAAUCAUGAGUUUGCCUUCACAUAUGUGAAUCGCGAUGCGACAACGACAACAGUAUUUGAACGGCCAUCCCUCGACAGGGCAGAGACGGAGCCUCCUACUAGCCCGGUAGAUUUCACUACGUUCGCCAUUCCCGCACAACCACGCCCUCGUGCUCCUUCGUUGCAAUCCGUUUCGACAUAUGGUUCGGAAAACACGACUAGCGUAGAUCGUUCAAGCCUGAACACCAAACGCAGUUCCGGCACCACCAACAAACGUUGGUCAAGGCAACUACCCCGUCGAUCGACACCGCCUCUUGGCCCGCCUCCCGCCGUCCCUUCCAACGCAUCCGUGACCAAAUUAAACGUCCAUCCUUUCGGCCUCGACGAUGUCCCAAGCACAGCAUCGACUCACUCUUCAGCUCGAAGUCAGAAGAGUAGUGUUUCUACAGUACCUUCGUUUUCGAAGCGGACGUCUAUCUCCUCUUCGAUGAGUGGGGCCUCGUCCAUUCAAAGUGGAAGUACGAGUACAGGACCAACGCGGGCAAUGCGACACUCCAUGCCGCCACCUCCUAAGCCAGCGCCAACUUCUGCGCUACCACCUGCUCCGGAACCCGAAGAGCCUUCCACACCCACACCUCCCCCUCUACCCAUGCCACCCGCAUUGAAAACAUCAUUCCGCAACUCUGUAGCACAACGUGCUAUGCGUCUGUCCAUGAUCGCUCCGAAACCACCUCCCUCGGCCACCCUUCCGCCGAGGCCCGAUGAGGUCGAUCCGAGUAUGACCAGCAAAUCGCAUCACCGACGCUCUUCAAGUUCAGGAAAAGCACCAGCACUAGACACCAUCCCCGAACCUAUCACGCACAGCAACCGCAGCUCCCUGACUUCUCCUUACCCACCUCCAAUGGGUCCUUUACCACCGCCUCCUAGCACGGAUACUACCACUCCUUCGGUUUCCCGACACUCUUCUUUGAAGCAUCGGCUUCGCAUGCUCAGCGCCCCAACUCCCUCUCCCAUCAACUCUGCGAUACCCCUUCCUCCCUUGACGAAAGCGUCUGGUACCACCUCCACACCUUCCACACCUAACGGUGAAAGACUUUCAUUCCUAUGCAACUCCAACUUUCCGGAACAGUCUUCCAGUUUCCUUCAUAUGCACACCCCUGUGCUAUCUGCCAUUCCCCCAUCCCGUAUUUUCGAGGAAGCGAUCGUUGAUGCUCGAGAAGCGCCAGUGGAUGAGGGAGACGUUUUGGACCAUGUUACCUCUCUUUCGCCUCCUCCAAGGAGACACUCAAUAGUCAAACCUCUCAUUGACACAAACCGGGGAUCCGAACGACAGGUGGACGAACGGGCAGACAGCGUGAAGGGCAAUGCCUCUUUAACGCCAACGAACGCGGACGAAAACAUCGAAACGAACGAUAACAUUGAUGAUACCCACGACGCCAACGACGGUUUACGGAAAAGCGUGGAUUUUGCACGACACCCUUCACAGAUCUUCUCUCUCUCGCCUCCUGGAAGUGUCGCCUCUCUAGGGCCGGCGAAUCUAUAA